CUCUUUUUCUGUCAGAACUGAGCAUCAGAUUUUAGGAUACUCUUCUUCAAGUUUUGGAUCUGCGGAAGGCGACCUGCCAAUGGAUUUACUUUUUGAAUAUGAACAGCCUGAAGUUUCAAAGCUGUAUUAUCUAGAAGGAGAAAAAUUCCCCCGACGGAUGCGUGCAUCUGCAUACCCUUCAAUGGACGAUGUAUUUAAGCGUCUUGAGCAGAAGAUUGUUUCUUUUGUUCGGAACGAGCUGAUGGGGUUCCAGAGAGUUCUAAGUCCAGGAGAUCCAGAGAACUUAGAGAGACGAGAUGAAGAGGAGGAGGAGGUUGAUGGUGAAGAGGAGGAAGAAAGGAGGAGCAUCAGAGAUGCAUUUCUGAAGAUCACACGCCAUUUCCUGCAAAAAAUGAACCAGAAGCAACUGGCUGACUAUCUGCAGAGCAAAACUCUUGGGGCCAUGUGCCAGCGUCAACUGAAAUCAAACCUGAAGAAGAAGUUUCAGUGUGUGUUUGAGGGAAUCCCUAAAGCAGGACAUCCAACCCUUCUGAAUGAGAUCUACACAGAGCUCUACAUCACAGAGGGAGGAACUGUGGGGGUCAGCGAUCAACACGAGAUCAGACAGAUUGAAACAGCGUCCAGGAAACCAGCUGCACCGGAAACAACAAUCAGAUGUGAAGACAUCUUUAAACCCUCACCUGAAAGAGGUGAACCAAUCAGAACAGUGAUGACAAAGGGAGUGGCUGGCAUCGGGAAAACCGUCUUAACGCAGAAGUUUGCUCUGGACUGGGCUGAAGGCAAAGGCAACCAGGACAUCCAGUUUACAUUUCCAUUCACUUUCAGAGAGCUGAAUCUGCUGAAGGAGAAACAGUUCAAUUUAGUGAGCCUUGUUCAUCACUUCUUUCCUGAAACCAAAGAAGCAGGAAUCAGCAGAUUUGAGGAAUUCAAGGUGGUGUUCAUCUUUGACGGUCUGGAUGAGUGUCGUCUUCCUCUGGAUUUCAACAGCAACGAGAUUCUGACUGAUGUUACAGAGUCCACUUCAGUGGAUGUGCUGCUGACAAACCUCAUGAAGGGGAAGCUGCUUCCUUCUGCUCGCCUCUGGAUAACCACAAGACCUGCAGCAGCCAAUCAGAUCCCUCCUGAGUGUGUUGACAGGGUGACAGAGGUCCGAGGGUUCAAUGACGCACAGAAGGAAGAGUACUUCAAGAAGAAAUUCACAGAAGAAGAGAAGGCCCGCAGAAUUAUCUCCCACAUCAAGAAACAAAACCUUUUCAUCAUGUGCCACAUCCCAGUCUUCUGCUGGAUCACUGCCACGGUUCUGGAGGAAACGAUGAAAACCGGAGAGGGAGGAGAGCUGCCUAAGACUCUGACGGAGAUGUACAGCCACAACCUGGUGGUUCAGGCCAAACUGAAGAAUGUCAAAUAUGAUGGAGCAGCUGAGACAGAUCCACACUGGACUCCAGAUACGAUUAAGAUGAUUGAGUCUUUGGGAAAACUGGCUUUUGAGCAACUCCAUAGAGGCAACCUGAUCUUCUAUGAAUCCGACCUAAAAGAGUGUGGUAUUGACAUCAGAACGGCCUCGGUGUACUCAGGAGUGUUCACGCAGAUCUUCAUAGAGGAGAGAGGACUGUACCAGGACAAGGUCUACUGUUUCGUUCAUCUGAGCGUUCAGGAGUUUCUGGCUGCUUUUCAUGUCCAUCAGACAUUCAUCAACACUGGUGUCAAUCUGAUGACAGAGGAACAAUCACCCUCCAGUUCUGCUUCACAGAGAGACAAAGCUGAACUCUUCUACCAGAGUGCUGUAGACAAGGCCCUACAGAGCCCAAAUGGACACCUGGACCUGUUCCUUCGCUUCCUCCUGGGUCUUUCACUGCAAACCAAUCAAAGUCUUCUAAAAGGUUUAAUGACAGGAAGCAGCUCACUGAAGAAUCAGGGAACAAUCCAGUACAUCAAGAAGAAGUUAAAUGAGGACAUGUCUCCUGAGAGGUGCAUCAACCUAUUUCACUGUCUGAGGGAGCUGAAUGAUAGUUCUCUAGUGGAGGAGAUCCAGCAAUUCCUGAGAUCAGGAAGAAUUCCCACAGAUAAACUGUCUACUGCUCAAUGGUCAGCUUUGGUCUUCAUCUUGUUAUCUUCAGAAAAAGAUCUGGAUGAGUUUGACCUGAAGAAAUAUUCUGGUUCAGAGGAGGCUCUGCUGAGGCUGCUGCCUGUUGUCAAAGCCUCCACCAAAGCUGUGCUGAGUUGUUGUAACCUGUCAGAGAGAAGCUGUGAAGCUCUGGCCUCAAUUCUCCGUUCACCAUCCUCCAGUCUGAAUGACCUGGACCUGAGCAACAACGACCUGCAGGAUGCUGGAGUAAAGCUGCUCUGCAAAGGGCUGCAGUGUCCACAAUGUACGCUGGAAACUCUCAGGCUCUCAGGGUGUCUGAUCACAGAGGAAGGCUGCGGCUCUUUGGUUUCAACUCUGACAUCCAACCCGUCCCGUCUGAGAGAGCUGGACCUCAGCUACAAUCAUCUAGGAGACUCAGCAGCAACGCUGUUUGCAACCUGUAGACUGGAAACCCUAAAGUUAGACCCUGGUGGAAAGCAGAUGUUGAAAUCUGGUCUCAGAAAAUAUGCCUGUGAACUCACACUGGACACAAACACAGCUCACAGACAACUCGAACUGUCUGACAACAACAGAAAGGUGACAGUGAGGACAGACGAGCAGCCGUAUCCUGAUUGUCCAGACAGGUUCGACUUCUGGUGCCAGGUUCUGUGUACAGAUGGGUUGUCAACAGCUGGUCGCUUUUACUGGGAGGUUGAGCGGGAAGGAGUGGUUCAUAUAGCGGUGACUUACAAAGGAAUCCAGAGGAAAGGAGCAUAUGAUGAUCCCUGUCUUGGGAGAAACGAUCAGUCCUGGAGUCUGAGGUGUUCUGAUGACGAUUACUCUCUAUGGCACAACAACAAGAGAACAUCUAUCUAUGUUCCUUCAUCCAGACGAGUGGGAGUGUACCUGGACUGGCCUGCAGGCACUCUGUCCUUUUAUAAAGUGUCCUCUGACAGACUCAGACACCUCCACACCGUCCGUACCACCUUCACUGAGCCUCUCUUUCCUGCUUUCAAGAUUAAACCUGGGCAGUUGAAUUCCUCUGUGUCUUUGUGUCAGAUAUAAAAAGAGAGGUAGAAACUGCAGAAACUCCAGCAGAAAAUUUCCUUUUUCAGGACAGAAUCUGUUAGCCAGUUUGGACCACUGAAAUACAUGCCGUUUGCUCCUGAUCCAUUCUAUUCAUUUAAUACUCAGUGAAAGGCCACACACCGUCAAGCUUGAGCUCGUUCACUCCUGGAGGCUGCCCAGUACGACCCCAGUCUGACCUACUGCCCACUGACCAGUACCAGCUGAACAGCUGAGAUCAAGGAUCUUUCUCAUAAUCGCCAAAAUAAUGGCAUUCAUCAGAGACAGAAACUGUAAAAUGAGAAAGAAGCAUCAGAUUUUUAGCUUUCAGAUGGUCUUUGAAUAUGUUGUGUGGGACUUAUGGUUCCAUCAGGAACAAUAAUCAUGUCUUAAAAGCUUAAAAUUGUGACAUUUCAUCAGUGUCACUUUAUUCUAGCUAUUCUAUUCAGAAAUUUGCUGAAAAUAAAAUUCAGCUUUUUAUGAACUCUUGCUUUUUGGGCCACACAUUUGACCACUUGGUUAAUCUGUUUUUCACUCUACUGGCAUGAAUUUGUUAUUUCGGUCCAAUAGGUGCAAAGAUUUUAAUGAAGGUGAUGAUAUAAGUCUGUUUUAGAUGUAAUGUUACACAUGUGAUUUUACAUGUAAAUGGCUGAUUGUAGACACAGUUGUGAUUUGUUAGGCAAAGCUUAUCUUACCAACCAUCAGGUGACAAAAAAUAAAAUAAAAACAAAAAUCAGUGACUUGUCAGGUGAAUUGCAGGUUGUGUUUUUACAGAGCAGAGAGGAAGGACAAAAGAGAUUGAGAGGAAAAUAAAACUUACUUGAUCAAUAAAAUCAGUAAGUCACACAGUAAAGGAUGCUGUUAGUAAGUUGUUGGACGAUAAAUUCAGCAUGGUGAAAUAUCUCCGAGUUGAUGUGGAAUCACCGUUUUCUUUCAGUGCUGGUAAUUCCUUUGGACACUUUAAAAAUGUUGAACAUAUUGAUUCCAGAUUCUUCAAUUUUUGUAAAACAGUUUAAAUGAAAAAAUG